AUGCACUGCUCACGUCACUCGCGGAUCAUGUCCAGAGCUGAUCCAGCUUCUCGCGAACUCUGGACCUCAGUCAGCUGCGAGCGCCGCCAUUCUCGUCCUGCUACAGAGUUGGAGAUGAUGUCCUCCCACAGUUCGACGACGUCCCUCAGUUGGCACGACUUCACCAGCGACGAGAAACGCCAGAUCCGUCGUCUUUGGACUGCGAUCGACGCCAAAAAAACGUACGUUGCGCAGGACAUCUACGAGAUGAUUUUCAACCAGGUUAACAUCUUUCACAAAAAUGAAGAUAAUCACGUUUUGUUUCAGUGUCCUGAGGCUCGGAGGCUGUUUCCCAAGAUGAAAUUUGUCAACAGCAAACCGGAUCGCAGGAACAACGAAUUCACUUUUCAGGCAAUGAGAUUUAUGCAGGUCGUCUAGUUCAAAUAUAGAAAUGACGAUAACACUGAGCUUUCAGGUUAUUGAAGCUGGAGUUGAGGCACUUGAUAAUUUGAGCUCUUUGGAUGUUAUAUUGGAUAACCUCGGUCGAAGACACGGAAAACUUGAAGUAAAUGGAAAGUUCAGGUUGGAAAGAUGAAAGCAAUUGGCCAGUAAACAUUUGAGAUAAGAAAAGACAUCUUGUCGAAGUGCCAAUUAAAAUAUCAUUGCAUUUCAAGACGAACUCGGUUUAUAAAAGCAUCUUUGCGAAAAAAAUGUGGAGCUUGAGAAAUUUCAAGAUUUUUGUCUCUAUAAAAAAAUUUUUUUUUCUUCACAGGUGGGGUUAAUCCAUCCUAGGGGUCUUUCGUCCCUCCCUGCAACAUCACCAUACCAUCCCGAUGUUGCGAAAAAGAAAAUGAUUGAUUUGAAUUAAAAUUGAAAAAAAAAAAAUGAAAUUUUGUAAAAUUUCGAAUGAGCUACUAAAACAGCUUUGAGUAAUUUUUUUCAAAGUGGGGAUUUUAUUCACUUUUUUUUUUGUUACCCUGUAUUUAUUUCAUUUGUGUAAUGAACUAUCAUUUCCAGACCCUACUACUGGUCUACGUUUCUGGAGUGUUCCGUGUUCUGUGUACGCAAGGAACUGACCAAUUCGCGCAAGUUUGCCAACGAAGACAUUGACGAAGCCAUCGUAUGUUUCCGUACGCUGCUGCGGGACAUUAUGCGCAAAAUAAAAGUGAGUCUGAUACGCCUGGGGCUUGUCAAAGUAAUCUUCUCACCAGACUGGCUACAACGCCGACAUCUGCCACCGACUCACCCAAAUGGCCAUCAACAGCGAACAGCGGAAAAUGUCUGUCCCGACAAUUCACAAAAACAACAGCGAGGUACUUUUUUUUUCCAAUAAAUACAUACCAGCUUCUGAAUAUCAGAACUUUAAAACCUAUGCUGACGUGCCUUAAUUUUCUUGCUACCUACUGGUAUAAAAAUCAUUAGUUCAUUUAAAAGUUGGGAAAGUCUAAUUUUUACAACGUUUUCAUUCGAACUUUAUUUAUUUUCAACAGAGACGUAGUAGGGACGCUCAGGUGCGACUUGUUUGGGCUCUGAAAAAAAAAAAGAGUUCUGAGAAUUUUGAGUCGAACGUGUAUAGAUCUAUUGAGAGGUCAGUGUGUACAUUAACACUGACUCGAUUUUCUAAAAAUAAACUCAAGUAAGUUUUUCCUUGAGAAAAUGUCACGUAAUUUCAGAAAGACUUCGACGAGCUGCUGUGA